AUGAUGACGGCGGGAGAGCCGGACGAGGCGUUCGGGAGUUCGGACGACUCGUCGCUCUUCUUGUCUGUCUCCAAGAUUCUGGAGAGCAUCGGCGAGUCCCAGUCCCUCGUCUGGAUGCGUCGCAAUUCGGGCCAUCUUGUGCCCAUCUUCUGCCUUGUCGGCAUCCUCGGCAACUCGAUGGCUUUGAUUUUGAUAAGGUUUUUCUUCAAUAUCUGCACGUCUUUUGUAUCAGACUUUCUUUGAAACUUCUUUAAAAUGAUAAAUUUAACCUUUUUACGGUGGAUUUUGUGCUCAAGUUCUUUUCUUUCCAACCUUCCCACUUUCUUUCCCAGCUUUUUUUCCUGAAGCGCUUUCCAUUUUCUGAAUAACUUUCAAUUGAAAAAAAUAGAGAUUAUGUUCAGAAUUGCACAAAAUCAAGCGACUUGAGUUUAUAACUGAUUUUACCUUUACCUUUUCCAGUUAUCCUAUUUGAUUAUAUUUCGAUUUGCGCGAAAACAAACACUGUCAAAAAGCCUUUAUUUUUUAAAUCGACUUUUUUUCAUUUAUGCUGAAAAUCUUACCAUUUUCGAAAUGGAACCUUCCGCACACCCGAAACCUUGUCAUUUUUUCGAACUGCUUGAAAAAUGUCCUUCAUUCCAAACUGCUUGGAAGAAAGCGGAAAUGAGCUCCUGAGGCCUUUUUUAUUCGUUUCGGUAAUGAGUUUGGCGGGAAGUUCCUGCAAAAAAGGGCCAUAAACCAACACGAGCCUCUCCGUUUCCCGGAGAAAGUCUUGAAGGAAAGCCAUUUUUCGUCGCACAUCUUUCCUUGAAAAACUACCGCGACGAGUGCCCAUUUUCUUGGCGGAUGGACCGCAAAUGGCUCAAGAUUAACGUUCUUCUUUUUCUGAACACUUGGACGGAAGGAUGAGCCGUGGAGGUGUCGACGAAUUCUUCAAUUUGGGGACUGCGAAAUUGAAAAAAGCCACCAAGAAGAAAAAGUACCUUCAAAAAAAAAAGUCCCUCAAAGAUCAGCUGAGUGAAAAAUAAGCUUCGAAGUUCUGCUACACUCUACGUCAUGGAAGGAACCCAUGCUAGGAAAAAAUCCAAAGAAAUUUCAAAUUUUUCAAAAACACAAUUGCUCUCAAAAAACUUUGACAAACCUCGCCUCUUCGCUCUUAGACUGAUUUCGCAAAUUUAAGAAAUAGGGUGUAAAAAAAAAGAAAUAUUUUAUAUAAAAUGGUCUUUUUCCCUCCCUGCAACAUCACCAUACCAUCCCGAUGUUGCGAAAAAUAAACAAAUUGAUUAAAAAAAGUUUAAGUAAAAAAGACUCGCGCCUAUUCCUUCACUUGAUAAUCUAUUCUUCAAUUAUUUUUUUUGUGUUAAAUAAUGGCAGUGAAUAAACUAUAUAUAUAAGACUCCUGUACAUUUGAGCCACAAAAAAAUGAAUGAAUAAAGCUGGAAAAUGAGUUGACAAUUAUCUUUAGUCUCUGUUUUAUUGUUUUUAAAUUUCCAAAUUUUGAGGACGAACUUCUGGCUGAAGAGACUGACGUCGAACGUCUACCUGUGCACGCUGUCCAUUUCGAGCUGUAUCUUUCUUUUCACGGUAAUUGUCACCUGCGCCGACAUGUACCUCCAAUUGCCCAUCUAUGGCGAAUCUGAAAUCGGAUGCAAAGUCUGUCCUUUUCUUCUUUUGCUUAGAGUAUCUUUCUUUUGCAGCUCUUCACCUUUCUGGCUCAUUUCAGCGACUUUAUCUGCGUCUGGAUGAUCUCGUGGAUCUCUUGCGAUCGGAUGAUUGUUCUCUACCGGCCAGGUGUGGAUGUCUAACGGAUAUUCUGAAAUUAUCUCGAAAGUUUCACGAAAUGCUAUAUAAUCAUGCAUUUCAACGUGAAAGUGUGAGGCAAAACUCUUCUAAAAUCUAAUAAAUCUGAAGUUUUUUUUUUGUAGAAUUCUAUAGUUUUUUUAUCAGACUCCGUUAAAUUUCUCAGAGUUUAUUUACUGGAUUGUCGUUCUGUUAUUUUCUCGUUAUCUGAAAAAUCCAAAGAAUUUUUCGGAAUUAAAACUCUGAUUGAGAAUCCUUGCUAGGAGUAUGGACAAAAGGUCCAGAAAAGAAAAGCUUAAUAAUAAUAGGUUUAUUCACUGCAUACUGUUAGAAAAUAAUAAAUAAAAUAGUUCAGAAUACGAAAGCAGCAGAAUAACCAAAACGGGAAUUAGUCCACCCUAACGAGUAGACUAUGACCCGGGGAUAGAAAGGAAGUCAGAGCAAACGGGAAGGAAUGGAUUCGAAAAAAAGGCAGAGUUAGGGAGAUCAUUAAGUUUAACCCGUAGCGCAUCCGUAGAGACGUUAAAAAUUUAUUCUAGAGGUAAGUUUAUUCCAUAAUGGAAUAGUUUUGGAAAAAAAAUCUUUAGAGAACUGACCGGAAGUGCGAAGUCGAAGUGGAUUCCUCUGUAAAGGAGAAAUAGUGAAGAAGUCAUUGCGAUUGAGAAAAUGGUCAGAGCCGCAAAUUAUUUUAUGAAGAGAAAUAAUGUCGUUAAUACAACGACGUACAAAGAGAGGUUUAAAGCCAAAUUGGCUGAGACGAUCAGAAUAAGAACUGAAGCGAACAUUGCAUCUUAUAAAAAAACUUUUUCUACUGAAUUGGCGUAGAGAAGACUCGAGUUUGAAGCAUUCCUCAGACGAGAUAGAGGGAGAAAAGAUUUCACUACAAUAUUCGAGAAUAGGCGUCACGUAGGUUUGAAACAUUCUGAGGUAGUGCAGGGGGGAAGAAAACUUAAAGGUAUUUAGUAUUUGAUUAGACCGUAAUGUAGCAAAAGGCAGAGAUACGGGAAAUAUGGUCUUUGAAGGAGAGCUUCUCAUCAAUUUGAAGGCCUAGAUCACGAACAAUUGAUCUUUGUGGGAUUUGAAAUUGAUCAAGAAAAAUAGACCGUUUGAGGAUUGUUAGAGCCAAAGUGAAGAGAAAAAAAGUCUUUUUCAACAGCAAGUGGAAGAGACCAAAGUUCUGACCAUUGGAAAAAUACCAUUUAUGCUUCUUUUGAAGCGAAUCAGGGCAAGAGCUAUAAACCUUGAGGUCAUCAGCAAAGAUAGAGAUAGAGGAUUGAGGAUCAAUAAAAUUUUUCAAUAUCAUUGAUGAAAAACGAGAAAGAGAAGGGGGCCGCUGACCGUCCCUUGAAGUACACCCUGAAGGAUUAGAAAAAGAAUUAUAAUAAUAAUAAUAGGUUUAUUCACUGCAUACUGUUGGAAAAUAAUAAAUAAAAAUAGUUCAGAAUACGAAAGCAGCAGAAUAACCAAAACGGGAAUUAGUCCACCCUAACGAGUAGACUAUGACCCGGGGAUAGAAAGGAAGUCAGAGCAAACGGGAAGGAAUGGAUUCGAAAAAAAGGCAGAGUUAGGGAGAUCAUUAAGUUUAACCCGUAGCGCAUCCGUAGAGACGUUAAAAUUUAUUCUAGAGGUAAGUUUAUUCCAUAAUGGAAUAGUUUUUGGAAAAAAAUCUUUAGAGAACUGACCGGAAGUGCGAAGUCGAAGUGGAUUCCUCUGUAAAAGGAGAAAUAGUGAAGAAGUCAUUGCGAUUGAGAAAAUGGUCAGAGCCGCAAAUUAUUUUAUGAAGAGAAAUAAUGUCGUUAAUACAACGACGUACAAAGAGAGGUUUAAAGCCAAAUUGGCUGAGACGAUCAGAAUAAGAACUGAAGCGAACAUUGCAUCUUAUAAAAACUUUUCUACUGAAUUGGCGUAGAGAAGACUCGAGUUUGAAGCAUUCCUCAGACGAGAUAGAGGGAGAAAAGAUUUCACUACAAUAUUCGAGAAUAGGCGUCACGUAGGUUUGAAACAUUCUGAGGUAGUGCAGGGGGGAAGAAAACUUAAAGGUAUUUAGUAUUUGAUUAGACCGUAAUGUAGCAAAGGCAGAGAUACGGGAAAUAUGGUCUUUGAAGGAGAGCUUCUCAUCAAUUUGAAGGCCUAGAUCACGAACAAUUGAUCUUUGUGGGAUUUGAAAUUGAUCAAGAAAAUAGACCGUUUGAGGAUUGUUAGAGCCAAAGUGAAGAGAAAAAGUCUUUUCAACAGCAAGUGGAAGAGACCAAAGUUCUGACCAUUGGAAAAAUACCAUUUAUGCUUCUUUUGAAGCGAAUCAGGGCAAGAGCUAUAAACCUUGAGGUCAUCAGCAAAGAUAGAGAUAGAGGAUUGAGGAUCAAUAAAAUUUUUCAAUAUCAUUGAUGAAAAACGAGAAAGAGAAGGGGGCCGCUGACCGUCCCUUGAAGUACACCCGAAGGAUUAGAAAAAAAGAAUUGUUAGAAAACGAGUUGUUAACUUUUUACAAUGGAGGAACGGUUAGAUAAAAAAAUUGGAGAACCAGCGACAGAGAGUAUCAUUAAAAGCCGAAAAAUGGACAUCUUUAGGCGUAAAAGGUUAUGAUCUACUUUAUCGAAGGCUUUGGAAAAAAAUCGAAAUAAACAGCAUCGAUAGGAAGAUUAGAUGCCAAGGAUUUUUUUGAAUGGAGGAAAGGGAGCUGAUUAGAGAUAGUUUGCAUGACCUACGAUUGAGAAAGCCGAAUUGGAAUUGAGAGAACUUUUUCAGAAAAAAACGAGAUCUUAUCAUUUGAGUAAUGAUGCGUUCAAAUACACGAGAAAUUGGAUGAGUGAGAGAUAUGGGGCGAAAGUUAUUUGGAUCAGAAAGACUACCUUUUUUAUGCACAGGAAUAACUAUAGUAGACUUAAAUAAUGAAGGAGUGAUACCGGUUAGACUUGUAGAGUUUUUUUUGGGCCUCUAUGCAAAUUGAGGAAAUUAGCGAUCCAUCAAAAUAGGGCCUUUUUUGAAAGUUUACUCUUUUUAAUGUGAGGAAUGAUAAGACGGAAUUCAAGACUGCUUAUUCUUCCUUUUCCACUGGUAUUUGCGUUUUAGGAAUCCGGAAAUGGGUGUGCACGAAACAGUUUUCGAGGAACAUGACCCUGGCGACUGUGGCGACCUCGGCGAUUCUCUACAGCUGGGUCUUUCUUUUUGCCGGCCUCGAGUCCUACGAUUCCGGCUCCGGUGGCGGCACUUUCUGUGGUCUCAGCGAGGACAUCGAUGUCUUCGGGUGAGAAUUUCUUAUAAAAUGCCAACCUUUUAGUAUAUCCUAUUCAAAGUAUAAGUGAUUUUGCGUUUUGAGAAAGGUUUUUGAUUUUUUUUUUCCUCCUUGUACUUUCCAGUUUUUGAAUUCUAGCCGCUACUCGGUAGUUUAAAGUAAAAGACAAAUUCAAUGAAGCUGUCCAGAGUUUUGGUCCAUUUUUGUUCUUUUUUGAAGCCACAUAAAGAAUUUUCAUUAAGUUUAAAGCGAGAAUACCUUUAGAUACGAACAUGGACUCAAGUCAAUGAUGAUUUAUAUAAAAUCACUCUGAAAACUGAGUCUUACUGUAGGUACAAGGUCUCGGAGCACUACUUCGUCUUCACUUUGAUGGACGCGGCGAUCUGCACGUUGAUCCCGGCGAUCCUCAUCAUUAUCGUCAACACUUUCUCGACGUAUCGAUACCGACAAUGUAUGAAGAUCUACUCUUCGGGAGUCCUACGGGUUCGCUUUUUCCGAGCGCCGACCACCAACAACAACGACACGGAGAUGGUGGUCAGUUUCACUACUUGAGAAAGAAGAAAAAGGCCGAGUUCAGGAGGAAACAACGGCCAAAAAACUGCUUCUGAGUACGACAAACCCCACCAACACACACGUCUCAACGCAGUCGAAUCGGUCCCGAAACUGCGGAAAGUUGAGAUCUUCCGAUUUGCAGCUCAGUCGGACGCUUCUGAUAGUCACUAGGUAUUCCUUUUCUAUCGAUUGAGGUGCUUUUAGGAUAACAUUAGAAAUAUGAAAUAUUUGUAAAUUUCAUUAGAAUUUAAUAGACUUCAAAAGAUGUUUUUUUACUCCUUCUAUAACUUUCUCGAAGAAUAACUUGCAAUUCAAUGAAAACGGCGACCUUCAGAAUGUUUCUGGUAGGAUAUAAAUGUUUCUAGUUUUUCGAGUAUAGUGGGAGAACUCUACUUUUUGAUAUCUACCAAAAUCAAAUUGAUACUUGCUUUGAGAAAGUAUGAAGUUUCUAGUUGUUUGAACUGAAUAAUGCGCGUAAGUCACUUUGUGGUCGGGUGCGACUUCGAAAAAUAAUCGUCAUCACGCAUGGCCUUCUCCGUGAAUAGUUUUUUUUUCCUAAAGAAAGAAAAGAAAAAAUUUAGGAAAAACUUUCAAAGAUUUGGCACAAUAAUGAAUCAAGUACAUUUUUUCAUAAGAUUAUGUGUCGCUUCUCAAAGUUUCUCUACAUUUUCCUUCUCUCCGAGUUCUGAAAUCCCUGACUUUUCAGCACAUUUGUCCUGCUGAACGUGCCGAGCUACAUCAUGCGCAUCAUGCAGUACAUCUUCUCUCCGCCCUCCUCUCAUCUUUUCCAUUUUAUUCAUUUCCUCACUUACCUCAUCUACUAUCUUCAUCACGCCGUCCUCUUCUACAUGUACAUCUUCUGGAGGUACACCAACUUCGGAAAAAAAAAAUAAUGGAAAGAGAGUUUCAGUCCUCAAAUGAAAAAGCAGCUGAAGCCUACGGCGAUGCGGCUUCUCGAGUGCUACUGCUUCAAAACGGUUCCCGAAUUCGGCCACAGAUCCACUUCUAUGCAAGGAUUCAACAAAAACUGA